UACAGAUUACAGAGAUCUAGAGAAGAAGAAGAGAUGGGUGGGCUUGUUCAUGAUCAUGCAGCUGAUAAUCCUCUGCUUGAGGAAGAUCAAGAACCACUUCAUCAUGAUCAGAACCAGAAAUGGAUCGAGAAGCUUCUAGACACAGAGGAAGCAAAGAGACAACUCUUGUUUGCCUUGCCCAUGAUUAUCACCAAUCUCUCCUACUAUUUGAUCCCUCUUGUCUCUGUCAUGUUCGCCGGUCACCUCGGAGAACUACAACUCGCCGCCGCCAAUCUCGCCAACUCUUGGGCAACCGUCACCGGCUUCGCCUUCAUGGUUGGUUUAAGUGGAGCAUUGGAGACAUUAUGUGGACAAGGAUAUGGCGCCAAGUUAUACAACAUGAUGGGCAUAUAUCUACAAGCCUCAUUUCUCAUAUCCUUCUUCUUCUCCUCCCUUGUUACCAUUCUCUGGUUCUAUACCCAACCCAUCCUAAUCUUCCUUGGCCAAGACCCGAAUCUCUCCAAACAGGCUGCUCUGUUCAUCUCAUUCUUGACGCCUGGUCUUUUCGCUUACGGAUUCCUUCAAAACAUUCUCAGAUUUCUUCAAACUCAGAGUGUUGUCUUCCCUCUUGUUCUCUUUUCAGUCCUACCAUUACUGGCCCAUAUUGGAAUUGCCUAUUUUCUUGUUCAUUGUACUCCAAUGGGUUUCCAGGGGGCGGCGCUGGCAGCAUCCAUUUCAAUGUGGAUAGCACUUUUCAUGCUAGGUUCAUACGUCCUCUGCUCGAAACGAUUCGUCAAGACUUGGAAUGGGUUUUCAUUGCAAUCGUUUGGCCAUGUUGUAUCUAAUCUUAAGCUCGCUUUGCCCUCUGCUGCAAUGGUGUGCUUGGAAUAUUGGGCUUUUGAGUUGCUGGUGCUUUUGGCUGGAUUGAUGCGUAAUUCUGAAAUCACAACAUCCUUGAUUGGAAUGUGUGUGAAUACAGAAGCUAUUGCGUACAUGACAACUUACGGUUUAAGUGCUGCUGCGAGUACGAGGGUUUCGAAUGAAUUGGGAGCGGGUAACCCAGAUGGAGCCAGGCACGCCAUGGGUGUCACUCUAAAGCUUUCUUUGAUUCUGGCUUUGGUUGUAAAUCUUGGUUUAGGAUUUGGGCAUGAUUUGUGGGCAGGCUUAUUUAGUGACAGUUCAACAGUCAUAUGGAACUUUGCUACAAUGAUACCUUUCCUUUUAACUUCCAUUUUACUUGACUCAAUUCAGGGUGUUUUAUCAGGGGUGGCAAGAGGAUGUGGGUGGCAGCAUUCGGCUGUUUUGGUCAAUUUGGCAACUUUUUAUUUCGUUGGCAUGCCAAUAGCCAUCCUUCUCGCUUUCAAGGCUAAACUAUUCGCAAAGGGGCUAUGGUUGGGCUUAAUAUGCGGUCUAGGCUGUCAGACAGCGGCUCUACUGCUGCUUACAUGCAAGGGAAAAUGGAGGCGGGUGGAGCUACCAAAAAGUCGUGGACAAAAUGAGAGCCCUUUUCUUGCAUGAUGAGUUCAAAUGGAAUAUCCUAUUGUUUACAAAUGGGUUGUAUUCAUACACAUAAUUACAAUGAUGCAAGGAAAUCAUUAGCUUUGAAAUAAACAUCAGACUUUCCUAUCAAGACUCAAAACCUUGCAUUUGAGUUUUAACCCCAUAUUGCAUGA